UCGUGUUGCAUACGAGUUGUUCUUAUGUUUGAGUCCAUUUUCUUUGACUUUUUUUGUUUGGUUGCUAAGAAAACGGAAGAAGAGAAUCAGAAUUCUCCCGUCUGUUUUGUUUUCCGUUGGCCUGAUAUAGUAAUGAGUUAUUUCCUGGUGUUAUCUGCUUGCUUUCUUCUAACAUAACAAAACCUUUGAAAAAAUAAAUAAAAGAAAAAAGAAAAGGAAACCCCCAAACUCAACCAAAUUACUGGCGCGAAGCUCAGUUGAUUGGUUAUUCCACCUCCAGAUUCUGAACUUAAUUCGAUGAGAUGAAAUCGGUUUAAUGCCUUUCAUUCUUUUGAUCAAUAGCACUUCGGUCAUGACUGAUCGAUGCGUAUCUAUCUAUAUGUGUGAUCGGGUGUUCUGGCUGAAAUUUGCCAACAAUAUAUUAGCAAAUAUGAAAUUCAAGAAAGGGACCAAGGUGGAAGUAUUAAGCAAAACAGAGGUGCCUUCUGGCUCCUGGCGAUGUGCAGUGAUCAUCUGUGGUAAUGGCCACCACUACUCUGUUAGAUAUGAUGGAUAUGACGGCGCUCCUAGCAAGGAAAUUGCGGAGAGGGUACCCAGGAAAUCCAUAAGACCAUGUCCUCCUGUCCUUGAAGCCACGGAGGAUUGGAGACCAGGUGAUGUAGUAGAGGUCUGUCGGAAUUCCUCCUGGUCAAUGGCUACAGUUUUGAAGGUUCUGGGGACGGAGUGCAUUUUGGUCAGGCUGCUUGGGUCGUCUUUGGAAUUUAAAGUGAACAAAUUUGACAUCCGGGUGAGACAGUCUUGGCUAGAUGGCAAAUGGAUUGUGGUUGGAAAGGGAACUUCCAGAUGUGAGAGUGGAAAACGUGAUGAUACACUUGCUCCCAAGCUUUAUUUAAUGUCUAGUGCCCGAGGUCAGCAAACAACCUUGAAGACAAAACGGUCUUUUGACCAUGAUUAUCUUCACGACCAGAAAAAAGUGAAUGUUCUGAAUUCCCAUCUUGGUUCUAGAACAUUGAAGCGAAGCAGCCAUUCACAAGUUGGGUUAUAUGAAGAACCUCCCCUGAAGCUGAGAGCAACCAAUAAUGAAGGUAGAUAUCAGAGAGCAAGAGUUGCAUGUCCAUCCAUGCUGCCCAAGCACGUGGAUGGUGCUGCUGUCCCAAGGGGCAUUCAGGUUGAAGAAUACAGAGAAAACUUUGAAACAAAUGAUGCCGAUGAGGUCUCAAGCUCUGUUUGUAGUUGUAGUAUCAAUGACUGCAAUUUGAAUAAAGCACGCUAUCUUAUAUCUGCAGGUCUUGUAGAGGAUUUAGAAGGUGCAACUUCUGAUGCUGAAUCUGCAUGCCAUUCUAGAUACGAGGAAGGGAGUCAUUCCCUUUUAUCAGAAGAAGAAAUGGCAGCAGAAAUCCAUAGGGCCAUGAUGGAGGCAUAUAGAUGUUGCUUCCAGGAGUCUACAGAUGAUGGCGCUUGCCAUCUUUUUCUUCGUGUAGAGAAUGGCCGGGUUUUCUAGUAUGGCUCUUGAUAAGCCAGCGAUUCCAUAAAUAUGGGAGUUCUGCAUUCUUCCAUUUUUGGCCGCCUGUACGGCUCAAAUGUGUUUUGCUGAAGGAAACAAGCUCAGGGUCUUGUGGCUCCCAGGGGCUGUCCUUAUUUGCGCAUAUUUAAUAGGUUUACUCGAACUUUUCACUUGAAAUAAUUGACACCAUCUUUUGCGCACGCUCCUUAAGUGGUUGUUUCCUGUCAAAGCCUGGUUAAUGGUCUAGAAGUUAUUUGUAAAUGAUUUUGGAAUGCUAAUAUUCUGGUAACGGGACAGAAGCUUAGGGGAGACAAUCGUGGUGAAUGUCUGUCCAUUAAUUAAUAUUCGGUGGUCAAAUCUAUGAACUAAUGGUAACAUAAUCAGGUGUUAUCAUUGCCUAAGUUGCAUUAGGCAGCAGCUGCAAGGGGUUUAGUCCUGGAUUUGGAUAUCUAGCAUGUUUUCACUAAACAUCUUGUGUAGUUUACUUGUGGUAUUACCGAAUCAUUUAGAUUCUACGCAAAAUUCUUGUUUUUGCUGCUGUGGCUGCUCAUAUGCAUUGCUGUAUAAAUAACAAGAACAAAUUCUUCUCCUCUUGUGGUGGGAUGCAUACAAUUGAAAUUCCUCGAUGACUUGUUGGUGCAUCACUGUUCAGCUAUGGUCAAAUAGCACGGACUCCAGAUGGCUCUUGGAGGGACUUGGUGUCAGAAUAUGGCUGCUAAAGCUAGAAAUGAUCA